GGCCUCGAGGUCGGCGGCUGCGGAGCGCCUCGGUUCCGAAGCGCGGUCUGAAAGGGCUCCCCAGGCGGCGGCUGUGCCGUUAUAGGAAGAAAGUGAGCAUGGAGUGUGUUAUCCCGAGCACCACUGCGAUGCUGGGCUGAGGAGUUCGUGAGGCUUCGUUCUUCCAGAGGACCGUUAGUGAACUGAUUACUGAAAAUGAAGUAAAUGGAGCUACAUUUACUGAAGACUCAAGUGAAACUCCAUGGAAAUUCUCCAAGGAUCGUUACUUUGUCAUGCUCAUUAGAACUUGAGAUGAAACCUAUUGAGGUGCCUUAACAUCAUCUCCGAACACCAGGUGCUUUGGCAUUUCAGAUGUCACAUGGGUCAGGACAAAAUAGCAUUUCUAAUUGUCAGCUACAGAAUUGGACACAAAACUGUGAGAGGAGGAGGGAAAUCCCCGUAGAGAGAAUUCAAGGUUAUCACUCUGCUUCUGACAGAAUUGAAAAGCUAACUGACUGACAUGAAAGACCCAGCUUCUUCUACAGUAAUGUUCUGUAAUGGAAAGGCACUGAAGUCGUUCUGCCUUUUGUCCCAGAUCUCUCAUCUCUCAUGUAUUCUUUUCUUUCUCUGUCACAAGGUGGGUACGUUACGUUCUGUUCUGUGAAUUCUAGCUCUGAAUCCAAGUGUGUAUCUCAGGUGUGAUGACUUCAAAAAUAUGUUUAGCAUACAUAAUUGUGUGUGCUGCAUCUGAUACACACAUGCUGUAAUGUAACGGACUAAUAUAGACAUGUUUGUUGUUUAUGUACCCGUACCACGGAAAGAGAAAAAGAUGUUCUCAUGCCAUCAUAGCAGUGAGGCACCUGGUGGAAGGACACAGUUUCUCUGCCAGCAACAGGGAAACUAUUCACCUGCUGCUGGGCUUUCAAGUUAGCAGUCUAACUGGAUUUGGAGGGGCUAGCAUGAGUUCAUUGUCCGUAGGAACCCACCAAAGCAGGCCCAGGAGUGGCCUAUAAAAUUAUCCAUAUGGCAGCUGUUGGAGAUGUAACAGGAGGUAACUUCUGCUCCUGUACAAAGCACCGUGACACCUGCGACAAAGUUGAUAACAUGUGCCAUAGGUCUGUGCAGCAGGCUGCGGUCCCUGCUGGAGCUGGUGCUGAUGGGCUAGGUGAGAGGAGGUGCUUCUCGCUCAGUGCUGACAGAAGCACAAUGUUUGGUUUUCUCAUAGUUACAUAUUAUUUCACAAAAUCAAAUUGAAAUAGGCUGUCAGCUUUGAGAGGAACCUUAAACAACAAAUACGCAGUUCUGAAUACGUGGAAGUAUUCAGUGUUUGUCUGUAUGUGGGCUUUAAGAUAUAUUAAUAUAUAUUCUGCAUAUCCCUAGCCAAAUUCUGUAUGUGUUCUGUAUUGUGCUUUGAACUGAGCAGAAUUCUUUCAACAUGAGGAGGAUUUGUGUUCUUAAGUAUUGAGUAAUAGAGGGCACUGAAGGUCUCAGUGCUUGUUCUCCAUGCAGGUAACCUAUUUCACUGCUGAAAUGUAUUUGUGAGCUUGGUAUUUGGGGCUAAAUGUCUGCAGAACACCAGAAAGAUAACAGGCCCUGUAGAAUCUGAUCUGCUGUUCUCCUAGUUGGUGAUUAGAAUCACAGUGCAACAGCUCGUGCGUGUUCCCAGAAAGGUCUGCUGUGCCUGUCCUUUGGUCACCAGCAGCACAUGGGAACACCUGAGGCAGCGAGAUCUCUUUUAAAUGUCUCAUGUUCUUAGCAAGUUCCUGCAGUGUUCUCUCUCACGAAGUUAGUAUUUACAGCCAUCACCUCUAGGGUAAGUUCUGUUCUCCCUCUGUCAGAAGGAAGCUCAUCCUAAUAAUGAUUCUCAGAAAGGUAAUGCAUCAUUCAGAUGAUCUAGAGAAAAGCUGAAUUGGUUCAGAUCAAUGGCAAAAAAAUCCUGUUGAGUUAAAAGGGAAUACAGUUUUCAUUUAUGAUUUUCAUAGAACAGCUUAGGAAAUGGAAAGAAUAAGAGAGUGUGUCUCAUAAUGAUCGGUUUCUUCUAAUAUUCUACUUGUAUUUUUAUCCACGGAAGCUUUGUAAGAUGGGAAUAUGAAGAACAUCUGAAGUCUGUUGAACAAAAUCCUCUUGCUGCAGCAUUCCAAGCUGUUGUGGCUGGUAACUUCUGUAGCCAGGUACUUAUCUCCUGGUAACUGGUUCAUGAGCUGUUCCCCCUUAUUUUCUGGUAGUCCCUAGAGAGAUAGUUGGAUUUGAAUUCAGUUUGGUGGCAGAUCUCCAGCCUGCAGCCAGGAGACUCUUCUGGUGUUAGCAGUAGAUGAAGUAGAUAAAGAUUCUGUUCAUAUAUCUGAUUUAUUCUGCAAAUAUUAAGGAUGCUGAACAGCAUUUAUAAUUUCAAUUGUCAUUGCUGGUGCAUUUCUCUAGUUUUGCUGGGGCUUUCAUACAAAUGAAAUUGGUCUUCUUUUGACAAGAGCGUGUUCUUAAUGACACAUUAUGCAAGAUGAAAGGACAGAUUUGCUUGUUAAUUAUUUCUUUGAGAUCACUGCUGGUGGCAUGUGGAAUGCUACAACAAAUGUCUGCCAGAGCGAUUAGUGUAGGCUCCUAUUCUGCUUUCAGACUAGGCAGGCAAAAGCAAUUUGUCUACACUUUUAAAACCAUGGUCAGAGAGAUGACCAUAUUUUUCUAAGAGGCAUGGAGAAGCUAAAGGUAACUUCAUAAGUUCCUUGGGGCAAGGCACUAAAACUUACUGACAGAGGUUGAACAUGUCGCGUUUUUGAGGAUUUCAUUAGGCAAUUAGGAGCUUACCUUCCAUUUCAGUAAAACAUGAAUUUGUAAGUCACGUUUCAAAAGGAGCUACAGUGUAGGCUCAGCUGAACUUAGACCCUUUGAGAUCGUUAGGAUGCCAUUUCCACUGAACAUCUGACAAUGAUGCAUGGAACAAAACCGAAGUAUCAGAAAAUAAGAGUCCUGUCUGCCACUUGGAGUCAUGUGCAUGUUGCCUUGAAUGUGCUCAGGGCACCUUUAAAAAUGUGGCACCAUCUUCAAAUUCAUCUGGAGGUUUCUGUGAGAUUGCAUUAGUGACUUGGCUUACCUAUAGUAGGUAGAAGUGUGUGAGUGGAGUUUUAUGUCAUAUCUGCUGAGUUCCAGACCUGCAUCCUAAACACAGCAGCUUUCUGUUAUUGAGAGUCCAACUGCAUAUUACAUACGUAUUAAAUUUCAAGUUUGAAUUAUAACAGUUGUGCAUCAAAGACUGCUAGCAGCUAGCAUGCAAAUGCUGUAUCUAAAGAGAAUAACGCCCUUCUGAUGGCAGUGGAAACUGUCAAAGUUAAAUUAAAAAUUAAAAAUCCAUUCUGUGGGCUGCAGAGUUGCCGGGCUGCCUGACAGCCCCAGAGCCAGGGAGCUUAAACUGCAGCAGUAAGUUAUCUGCUCUCCUGUGCUUCUGCCUUUACCCCAGUCAGCUUCUGUACCACAGUGAAAUAUGGCCAUUGUGCCUAUGGGAUGUUUGGCCUGGAUAUAAGGAAAGAGAAACAACAUUCUUGCAGCUGUUUUUUUUUUUUUUAACAUCUCCAAUUAUCAGAUAUUCAUUUACUUAUUCCUUGGUAUGUAAUAUGUUAAGAUGAUAGACUUCUUUUUUUGUAUGCUUUAUGGUAAUGUACUGCUGCACAUUAGUCACUCGAAAUGAAGAUUGACGUGGCCUUCAACGUUAAAAAACACUGGCAAUGAUGACAAGGGAUGUUUUCAUAAAUUAAUACCUGUGCUACAUGUAGGUGUCCCAGUCAGUAAGUGAGGAGCAGUAGGUGAUUGGGGUGGGGUAGUUUUAAGAGCAUGAAAUGUCAUGAGAAAAAAUGCAGGGCUGCUGAGGGUGAGGAGGGGCUGCAUUUCUGUGCCUGCCCACCCUGCCUCCACACUCACACCCUCACUGUGAGCUCACCGAUGUUCCUGAAUCUCUGCUGGGAUUCUUUCCUGUUCUACCAUCCUCGUCUGCCACUGUGAAAGCAGUGUUGUAAUAAAGGACAGAACUUGUCUUUUCAUAAGCAAUUUACUGCUGUAUACUGAAAAGACCUCCGGAAAUCAGUUGUGUAUUGCUUGCUGCUGUUUGAGUUACUUCUCAGGUUGCCUAAAUUAGAGAUUGGGACAGAAUCUCUGAUUAGGCAGCCUAUGUGCUGCUUGAAACUCAAAAGGAACAAUGCCUUUAUUAGUUAUGCAUUGAGCUAAAAUCUUUGCCUGAGGACACCUGUAUGUGAGAUGAGUUUUAAAAAUCAGGAUUUUGAAGUUUCUGUUGAAAUGCAGUGAAGCCAUUUUGAUGGGGAGCCAUCCCAGUUCCUGCUACAGAGCAGGGGAUCAACCCCUGGAAAGGCACUGGUUACUGCUGGCCUGCAGUAGGGUGAUGGGCCUUAAGGAAGGGGGAGCAAGCGUUACACAGUACUUUUGUUAAGAUAUUUAUUACUGCUUCAUGUGAUACUCGAGAAGUGGGCUACAGUGAGAUGCAGGUGUGACUGAAUGACCAUACAACCAUACAUGCAGAACCAAAAAAUGUGGCACAUUAUUGCAUGUGGUACACUAUUGCAUGUGGAUUUCAGUAUUUCUUAGAGUUGCGUGGGCUGGCAGGACGCUGUGUUGGCAGGUGGGGUGUUCCCCGUAUGUGUAUGGUCCUCCUCGUUACAGCAUCCCAGUGCUGUAGUUGGUACUCCCCUGCUAUAGCUGUGCAGAGUUUGAGCCGGGGAGGCAGCAGUGCUGCACAGGGCGGUGAUGUCUGUUCCCUCCAGCAAGGAAGCGGUGCAGGCUCAUGAGCGCUGCUUUGCAAACAGGAGUUCAGGCAGAAGUUGGAGCCUCUGGGCGCCUGUUACACAUCCAUCCUCUGUAUUCUCUCCCUCUGAGUAAGCAAUGUGAGCCGCAUCUCUCCCUGCUGUGACUUAUUGGCUGCCGUCAGCUCUGAGUAAUGCAGCUUCUAAGCAAGGCGUUGCUGGAGGGCGUGAGCAGACCAGCUGGGCUGCGGGCAGUGAGCGUGGUACCCGCGGCUGACGUGCAGCUCUGCAGACUCUGUAACAUAAGUUUAUAAGUAGUUCACAGGGGCACUGUUUGGCUUUUUUUUUUUUAAUGACGUAUUAUUCCUCGGUUUAAUUCAUCAUUAAUCAAGAUAUAAAUGUAAUUAUUUGUUCCGUGGUGAGAUGUCCUCGGCGUCCACCUGUAAACUUGUCCCAAGUGGGAAAUUGUGCCCGGGGGCGGCGGGGGUCGCAGCGCAGCCCGUGUGUGUGUGGCGGGAGCCGAAGUGCCCGCUGGCGGCCGGGAGGGACGGGGCGGAGUGCGGCUGAGCCCGGCGGGGCUCCUGGGGAAGCGCCGCGUCCUUCGCCGGGCAGAAAUUGUAAAUAAUUACGCUCCAUACUACGUGGUGCCACGAAUGAUAGAGCGAAACCCACGGCGCGCUUCUGGUCCUCCACGGAAAUUUCCGACGCUCCUUCUUAAAACGCCCCCGUCCCUUUCCCCCCCGUUGAAAAGCGGAGCGCCGCUCCGAUCGGCACCGCCCCUGUGCUCCGUGCCAGCGCCGGCCGGCAGCUCGACGGGGUUCUCCGCGCUCCCGGCGUCCCGCUGGGCUCGGGGCGGGCGGUGGGCGCUCGGUGCCCCCUCGCAGCCGCGGCCCCGGGACCGCGCGGCGUCAGCAGCGGCCGCAGCCAACCGGCGCGAGCCCCCGCGCGCCCGCCCCGCCUAUAAGAGCCGCGGGACGGCGGCGGCGCGAGAGCCGCGCGAGGAGCGCGAGGGGACGGGCGGGCGGCUCCCGGCAGCGCGGCGGGAUCGGCCGCUGUCCCCGUCCCGGCGUCGUCGCCCCGCGCGGCCGCCGGGAUGCUGCCCGUGGUCGCCGGGCUGCUGCUCGCCGUGGCCGCGGGCGGCCGAGGGGCGGCGGGGGAGCGAGAGAGCCCUCCGGGCAGCCGCUUCGUCUGCACCUCGCUGCCGUUGGACGCCGUCGGUGCCGGCUGCCCGCUGCCCCCGGUGCCCGCGCAGAGCGGCUCGCCGCCCCCCGAGGAGGAGCUGAAGGCCACGGUGCUGCAGCUGCGGGAGACGGUCCUGCAGCAGAAGGAGACCAUCGGCAGCCAGCGGGAGGCCAUCCGCGAGCUCACCGGCAAGCUGAGCCGCUGCGAGGUGACCGACGGUAAGGGGCCGUGGAAGAAGGAGAAGGGCAAGGACACGAUGGGCGACCUGCCGCGGGACCCGGCGCAGGUCAUCGACCAGCUGAGCCGCACCAUGCAGACCCUGAAGGACCGCCUGGAGAGCCUGGAGCACCAACUCCGAGCCAAUGUGUCGUACGCAGCACUGCCUACUGAUCUGCGGGAGAUGCUCCAGCGGAGGCUUGGAGACCUGGAACGCCAGCUGCUGAGCAAGGUGGCUGAGCUUGAGGAUGAAAAAUCUUUGCUUCAUAAUGAGACAUCAGCCCACCGGCAGAAGACAGAGACUGCCUUGAAUGCAUUGCUAGAAAGAGUGUCUGAAUUAGAAAAAGGUAACAGUGCGUUUAAAUCACCUGAUGAGUUCAAAGUGUCCCUUCCUCUUCGCACCAACUACUUGUAUGGGAAGAUCAAGAAGACUCUGCCAGAGCUGUAUGCUUUCACUGUAUGUUUAUGGCUGAGAUCAAGUGCUUCUCCUGGAAUUGGCACUCCGUUCUCCUAUGCUGUUCCUGGUCAAGCUAAUGAAAUUGUCCUCAUAGAAUGGGGGAAUAAUCCAAUUGAACUGCUAAUUAAUGAUAAGGUUGCUCAGCUUCCUCUCUUCAUUAGUGAUGGAAAAUGGCAUCAUAUUUGUAUAACAUGGACAACAAGAGACGGAAUGUGGGAGGCUUUUCAGGAUGGAGAGAAGCUUGGCACUGGAGAGAAUCUUGCCCCUUGGCACCCAAUUAAACCUGGAGGUGUCUUGAUCCUGGGUCAGGAGCAGGACACGGUUGGAGGAAGAUUUGAUGCAACUCAAGCCUUCGUUGGGGAGAUGAGCCAGUUCAAUAUAUGGGACAGGGUCUUAAAAGCUGAAGACAUCAUGAAUAUUGCUAACUGCUCUACCAACAUGCCUGGCAACAUCAUCCCCUGGGUUGAUAACAACGUGGAUGUGUUUGGAGGUGCAACUAAGUGGCCUGUGGAGACAUGUGAAGAGCGUCUGCUAGAUUUGUAGCUGCAAGUGUUUCCCAUCAAGUGCCCCCUUUUAGUAGGACGAUCUCCUGUGCAAUCUAAAGCACUGAUUUUUCUCUCUGCCCUUCCAUAACUCCUCAAAAAUAGAAAGUAAAGAAAUUGAGUGAGUGGCCUCAGUGCACAAAUAAGUAACUAAAUAAAAUCAUCAAAAGCUGUUAGUUCUGGGGCACUGAGCCUGACAGUGGAAGAAGCACUUGUUGGUUAGAGCAGCCCUUCCUUCCUUAUGGCCUAAGCCAAGAACAUGCUUUGGGCUGAGCUGCCGCUGGGUCAGGCCCUGCUGCAGGGCAGCAGUUCUCCUGGCAGGGCUGGGGAGCAGCCUUGCACAGCUCCGCUUUGGUACUCCUUUGAUAAUGUGCGGUCUGACAAAGCACUGAGAUUAACAGGCUAAAUGGGAGCCCUUCCUUCCAGUCUACUGUCUCCCCUUUGAAUUGAAGCCAUUCUUUUUUAGCCCUUUUUAAGGAAAUCACCUAAUCCUUAUAUUUCAGUGAUUAUGUGCAACUGUGAGUAGAGCAGAACAGCCACUGUCUGAGUGCAGCAGUCUUGCUUCUUAAUUUUCAGAUGAGAAAUCUUUAUUUUGUGAUAAGGAGGCAAUGUUAUCUGACAAAUGCAAUUCUAGUUCAGUGUGAAGAUAGGGCUGUGGCCAGCGUAGCUCUGUGGAAGCAGAGAAGCUGUAGGUGGGGCUCUGUCCCAAAGCCUGUCUUUCCCUGGCCAGGAUUCCAGGAGGGAUGGUUGGAUGAAGGAUUGUUUGUAUUUUCUGUAGGCUGAAUGUACUGAAUUUACAAUGACCUGGCCUGUGAACUUUCCUCUAUUGUUUCUCUUGCUUUAUUCCUUGUCUUUUUUUUUUUAAAUAUACAAGCUGUGAAUAAGUGAAUUUCUGUUCUGUUUUGCUUUGAAAGGCCUUUUUAUGAGCAAGUGCCAAAGUUCAGUUUCUGCUUGCUGAGAAUCACUAUAUAUUUUUCCAACAUAAGUCUUCUGCGCUGUUUUCUAUGUUAUUAUAAUGGUCCUAUGUAAGAUGUGCUGGUUUUUCAAUUCUUGCUGACUGUCUCUUUUGUAAGCACUGGCCGGAAUGCAAUAUCUUUUAAUUUUCUCUAAAUAUUUUGCAAACAGUGUUGCUAUUUCCUUGGCUUCGAUGUGACUACUUGGUUUGUGGCUCGCAGACAGCAAAUGCACUGUACUGGGAAAGAGUCAAUACUUUUGUUAUUUAAAAGAAAAAUAAUUUAAAGGGGUGGGGGAAUUUCUAUAGCUAAAUAUCAUAUUUUAUUUUUCAUAUGUUUGAAUUGUAAGAAUAAGAUGGUGGCGGUCCCAUUUGUAGGCUGAAGUUACAUAUUUCCAUUAAUAUGUAGUAUGCUGUUCUUAAAGAGAAAAACAAAACAAAAAACCAACUUUUAAUUAAAAAGCAAUGUAAAAUGA